AUGGCGGGAAUCCAGAUACGGGAAGGCAAAGCGCCUUUUGAGAUCCCAUCAAUUGCUGAGCCAUGUUUCACCUACUACAAGAUCAUCGGCGACCUCGCCAGCGGUGCUCCUCCGGUUGUCGUAGUGCAUGGCGGACCUGGCGCUGGACACGAGUACCUCCUCACAUUUGCAGACCUUUGGUGGGAUGAUGGCCUCCCAGUCGUCUUCUACGACCAGAUAGGCUGCGCCUCCUCGACUCAUCUGCCGCAGAAAGCCGGAGACCAGUCUUUCUGA